AGGGGACGGUAAAACUUUAAAUUACGCUAUGACUGAGGAAUUAAGAGUGCUUUUUAUGUUCAUGAUUUGGUCACUGAAUCAUUGAUAAGCCUUAGCUGACGAUGAGUUCACAAAAAGGAAACGUUAAGAAGUCCGGCUCGCAGAAACACCAGAACGCUAAAGCGUUUAAGAAUGAUCUGCAUGAUAAGUCAAAGAAGAUGCAGAACAUGAAGAGUCUUAGUCUGGGCGGAAUCUGUCAACGCUGCAAGGAGAAAAUCGAGUGGAAGAUCAAGUACCGCAAAUACAAACCUCUCACCAUCCCGAGGAAGUGUGUCAGCUGUUUUGAGAAAAGCAUCAAACAAGCCUAUUAUACACUGUGUGUUCCCUGUGCUACAGCCAGAGGUGUCUGUGCCAAGUGUGCGGAAAAGAAAAAAAUUGUUUCUACCACUGAGCUCACAGCAUCAGAACAGGCAGCAAACGAUAGCGAGCUUAAGCAAGAACUUGAAAUGUUGCCUGAAAGAAAAAGAAGGACUUUCUUUCGUCUACAAGCCCAGGGUAAACUGUGUGACCUACAAAACGACACUGAUGAAAAGAGUUCUGAUGUGGAUGCUGCUCAUUCAGAUGUAGAUGAUAACGAUACUUUGGAUCAAGAAGAAAAUGGCUCACAUACUCCAGUUGUCAGGACCAACGCUAGCGACUCUAAGUCAGCCAGCCAGUCACAUGGGUGUGAUCUACAUCAGUCAAAUAAGCGUAAUGAUGAUAUAAAUAUGCAGGCAAAAAAUGUCAAAAUUAAUGAAAGGGGAGAUAAUUCUGUAUUAGAGACGUGAUAUAUUAAUAUAUACAUGUACUUGUGAAAUUAGCAUGUGUGAAACAGUUAUGAUUCUAGUUCCAGAGCUCGAACUUAACGACAGCACCGACAGCAAUUACCAUAGUUGCAGUAUGAAUUGUUGAUGGUCAAGGUCUUGCUUCACCGGUGGCAGUUUUUUGUUGAUGGAUAAAAAACUAUUGCCGUUUACUGCAUGAGGGACUAUUAUUUGGGUUUUUUAUCUGUUGCAAAUGUUACAGAUUUAAAACUGCUGUAGUUAGGCUUAAAAUUGCUGUCUGUUCAUUUUGCCUGUGGCAAAGACAUUUCAAAAUUGAUUUAGGUAAAAAAAUGUUUUGUUGUGAUGGUAAUAAGUUAUUUGUAAUUAGCAAUGGAGACCAGAACAAACACAUGACUGUUGUGAGGAGUCAAGGACUGGUUCCUGGCCGAUAUUUUCAAAGCAAUCUUGGCACUACGAAAUCUUAAAACCAUCGUAAAUUAAGACAUCACUAUAGCGUGUGCUGUAGUUAUGUCACAACCUACAAUGGUUUUACGAUUUCGUAGUGCUAAGAUGGCUUUGAAAAUACGGGCCUAGAUAAAUCUGUCACAAAAAAUAGAGCAGAUUGACGACAUACAGGUUAAGUAGUAACUGUAGCGUGGUGAUGAUACAAGUACCUGGUAAUGUUAACCGUUUAUGCUGGAAAUACAGGCAUAAUGGCCAUAAACAGAUAAACCAAUAUUAUGUUGUCAAUUCACAUCGCUAUUUUCCAUUGAUAGUUAUGUGACUCUUAUAUUUGAAUAAAACACUGUUAAUCAAA